AAAAAAAAAAGAUUUGUGAUAUCUCUCUCUCAGUGACACCCAAACUCAAAACACCCUCAAACAAUCUCUGUUCACUUUAACAAUGGCGGUUUUGUCGCCUCCAACAUUCUCCCCACUUCUACUAAACACCAAGACAGAUUUUGGGUCACCACCAUUUCCUCUUCUCACCCUCUCCUCCUCCUCACCCACCUCCUCACCCCUCUUCGUCUCUUACGCCAAAUCCGGAAAUGGGUUGGCCAGUGAGGACAAAAAAAUCUUGCUUGAGAAGUAUGGCUACGAUAUUGAUGCUGAUGAGUACUUUUCACAGUCAUCUUCUAAGUCCAAGAGGAGAAAGGAGCAACCAAGGAGAAGAGGAGGGAAGCAAGUGCAGGACCCACCAGAGGACCCUAAGCCUCCUCGUGUAACCCAUAAAUUGCUUCAGGUUCUUGGAGGAACAGCUCGAAGAGUGAAGCUACUUUCACCAAAGGGCAUGGAUGUGCGCCCCAUGAUGGAAGUGGUGAAAGGUGCAGCCUUUGAUAUAUUACAGGCAGCUGGUGGCUGUCCUGCAGCAUUGAGACCUGGUCGCUGGUUAGACUUGUAUAGCGGUACAGGUUCUGUUGGAAUUGAAGCACUUAGCCGAGGAUGUUCUCAGGUGCAUUUUGUUGAGAUGGAUCCGUGGGUUGUAUCAGAUGUUUUACGUCCAAACCUGGAGGAAACUGGAUUCCUAGAUGCUUCAGUCAUACAUACUGUCCGUGUAGAAAAAUUCUUUGAGCGUGCAGAGCAAUUUGUAGGAAACAGUGGCCCAUUUGAUUACAUUAGUGUCACCCCUCCAUAUACACAAGUUGACUAUGGGGUGCUGAUGAGGCAGAUAUCAGAAUCAUCCUUGAUUGGAGAGAACACGUUUAUUGUAGUUGAGUAUCCUUUAAAAACUGACAUGCUGGAUUCUUGUGGAAGUCUUGUAAAGAUAACCGACAGACGGUUUGGACGGACACUCUUGGCAAUUUAUGGACCAACAUGGUCCCAGAAGAAGAGGAGAUGACACAUUCAAAUGCCUAAGUUGCAGUAAAGGCUGAAAAACAUGCUGGUGCAAUAUUUAUCUGUUACAGUGGUCAACAGGAAUUAGUUUUUGGCACCUACCUCACUUCUUCAAAAGCUGUUAUACACAGUCUAAUGUUGGUCCCUGCAACAGGUCAUGUCUUGUAAUGUUAAUCAUAAAAUCUUGCAUUCUUUGUUAUAAUGUGACCCAUCUUCAGCUGAAAAUUGAUUAUUAAAUCUAGAUUAAGGUUUCAUUACCAACAGUGUUGAUCACAGUAGAAGUGGAUUGUGAUUGUAGGUGAACUUUAUCUACCAUAUUAGUGAAAUCAUCACUCUAAUCAUUCUAUUUCUAA